GCCACGGUCGGUCGUCGCAGUGCACCACUGAAACUUCGAACAAGCCAGAGGAAGGCGAUAGAGAAGGGUGAGCUGCGGCCGAUCACGAUGCCGAUGCAUUUUGUUCAUCUUCCACGCUUGCGCGCAGGGUGAAGAUGUGUCCAACGUUGUUCAUGCGUGUCGAAUGUUCGACCCCCUGCUCGGGCGUUCGCGCCAAGCAUGGCUACAUCCUGUAUCAUCGUCGUCCUCGCUUUGAGCCGGUCGUUGCAGAGAUUCCUACUGUGAAAGGACCGCACGCCAGCAGUGAUUGUGGGGGAGGAGGUGUGAUUAUAUGGGAAUUGUCAUUGAGGAUGAAGAGGCGGGUGAAGCUGAGCGGCCAGGAAAUUCGGCGGGUGAUACCCUUGUCGUCGCUACCGAAUACGCACUAGCCCCAGAGCCUAAACGCACUAGCAAAACCUCCUGAUACAGCAACAGCGACACCAGACAUUCGCUCAGCCGAAUAUACCGAAUCGCUCCUACUUGUCAAGCUCUCGAUGUACGCGCUUGCUGGCAGAGGCAUGCGAGAGAUGCCGAAAACCGUGGUGCUCAGUCCGCGAUGGCCUCAAAUUCUGGGAUUGCGCUGACCAAUAUGGCCAUCACGAUUCACGACAACAUUCGACAGGUAGGCACUGCCAGUACUGCUUGGAAGCAACGCUCUCUGCUGAGCGCUUGCCAGUCACCCUUAUGUCAACAAAAGCCUCUUUCCUCCGAG